AUGGCUGCCGCGAAUACCAUCUUCCCGAAGAGCCACGUCGGUUUCGACAGCAUUACUUCUCAGAUCGAGAAGAAGCUGUUGAAACGUGGUUUCCAGUUCAACGUUAUUUGCGUUGGCCAGACUGGUUUGGGCAAGUCAACCCUGAUCAAUACCAUUUUCGCUUCCCACCUCAUCGACUCCAAGGGUCGUCUGCAACCCGAUGAAGCCAUUCGAUCUACCACCGAGAUCCAGAGCGUCUCCCACAUCAUUGAGGAGAACGGUGUCCGAUUGAGGCUCAACAUUGUUGACACCCCCGGAUACGGUGAUCUGGUGAAUAAUGACCGCUGCUGGGACCCCAUUGUUAAAUAUAUCAAGGACCAGCAUUCGGCGUACUUGCGAAAAGAGCUCACCGCUCAGCGAGAGCGUUACAUCCAGGAUACUCGCAUUCACUGCUGCCUGUUCUUCAUCCAGCCCUCCGGUCACUCACUGAAGCCGAUUGAUAUCGUUGUCUUGAAGAAACUGUCCGAUGUCGUCAACGUCGUUCCUGUCAUUGCCAAGGCCGAUACCUUGACAGUAGAAGAGCGCCAGGCUUUCAAGGAGCGCAUCAAGGAGGAGUUUGCUUUCCACAACCUCAAGAUGUACCCUUACGACAACGAGGAGUUCGACGAUGAGGAGCGCACCCUGAACGGCCAGAUCAAGGGUCUUGUUCCCUUUGCGGUCGUCGGAUCCGAGAAGUCCAUCAUGAUCGACGGCAAGCAGGUCCGCGGCCGCCAGAACCGAUGGGGCGUCAUCAACGUCGAGGACGAGAACCACUGUGAAUUUGUCUAUCUCCGUAACUUCCUCUUGCGAACGCACCUCCAGGAUCUCAUUGAGACCACAUCCCAGAUUCACUACGAAACCUUCCGUGCCAAGCAGUUGUUGGCUCUGAAGGAGAGCAGUGCACAUGGUGGCGGCGCUAGCAGCAGACCCAUCAGCCCUGCUGCAGACCGAGAGCUGAGCCGCAGCUCCCAACGAAUGGCCAUGAACGGCUAUUAA